UGUCAGAGCUGGUACCCGAACCCGGACGAGUGUGUGAGGGUAGCGUGCACUGCCAUCACUCAGUUGGCUCUGUUACUUGCCCUGUGUCGUUCAUCUGCAGUCAUGAAAGGAACGACGACCUUGUUUUUGUGUGUGUUUGCGACGGUGGCCACUCUCACGGGCGUUAGAGCUGCCAUUGAUGUAAAGGCGUGGCUCGGCGAAGAACCCCUCACUCCCGAGAGAAUCCUGGAGGAGCUGGUCGAGUACUUCUCUCAGCGAGAUCCCCAGGGCAUACCCGUGCUGAAAGUGCCGGAGCCCAUCGAAGCCCCAGACAAGGUGACGGCCUCACAGAUCACGCUGUGGGACUUGAAGAUCUCGGGUCAUUCGGGUCUGCGGCUCGAGUACAUCAAUGUCAACCUCACCACUUUUACGGCCGUGGUGCGCAUCAGUGUCCCAAAGAUCAACGUGUUGGGACAGUACGAGUGGCCCGGCUGGUGGUCCACGAGUGCCGGAAGUGCCAACAUCACCAUCAGUGACAUCCAACUGGCACUCAACCUCCAGCUUGGCAUCAACACCAAGGGUUUGUUGAUGGUGGAUGGACUGCAGAUUACGCUGAACUACGAAGACCUCAUUUUGGGAUUCGAGGGGCUGUCGAGCGAGCACUCCCUCCUCGUCACCGCCGCUGACACCUUCUUCAGCACGAUCAUCCAGCCCUUGAUCGUCGGUGGGAUACAAGACAAACUAACAACAGUUCUCAACGAAAGACUGGAACAGCGGCUGAAGGACCAACCUUUCCCUAACUCCAUUUCCCCCGUGGAUUAUCUCAUCGCGAAGGUGCGCCGUGACAUGCGGGAAUCAGGGAAGGACCCCAUUGUCAUAGAGAGGAAGGACGUCAACCUGGCUUGGGGCGUCUCGGUACAGCUCAAGAACAUCGAGAUCAAAGGCCUGACCACCUUGCACCGAACACAUGAGGUCUCGGCGCAGUUCAUCGACAACGCUCUUUUCGUCACCAUCCAGAUCGGGACGCAGCAGCUGAAGGCCGGCGCUGAUUGGUCCAUCUCCGCCUCACUGAUGCCCGCUGUGGGAGGCCAUCUGGACGUCGAGGUGGAGAGCCUGUCCGUCACCGUGAUGGCCAAGCAGCCGGCCGACAUCCGAAGCCCUCCCGUGCUGAGGGAGAUUGAUAUCCAGCUCGGUAAUCUGGCUGUGAGAUCGGUAGGAGAGAGCACCAUGGACUAUCUCGUUGAACUGAUGGUCAAUCUCCUACCCAACACCUUCAGGAAUAUCAUCAUGGACAAGAUUGAGCCCAAAAUCCACCAGGCCAUCCAGAAGCAAUUCAACGGCUUGGAUAUACACAGGAUCAUCUUAACCAAGUUAGCUGAGAAGAGACAAGCUGAAGCCAACGCAUCCCCUUAAGAGCAUUUCGUGCAAGCGUCAAGUGUUCUUAAAGGGACCUUGAAGUCAGGCGAUGCUGCUGCUGCUCUUAGUCACUUAGGAAAAUUGUUAUGGUUAGAAAUAAUGGAAUAGUUAUAUUUUGUAUUUUUUUCUUUCUUUUUUGUUUCCUACUUGAUAUUGGUGAGAUUUUAAAAGAAAGAUAAAUUGCUUUGUCAUUCUUUAAUAUUGUGGUGAUGAGUACGUGGUCAUUCUAUUAAUAAAGACUUUUUUCUCUUGUUAGAAAGAAGUU